AUGGAUAGCAACAUCUUAAACGACUGGUUUGCUGAUCCAAUGUUAAAUGGCACCAGCACUGGAACGACUCCUGCAGUUGGUACAGUAGAUGCAUCUUCGAGUUCCAUGCUGAAGUCGAUAGGUGUGGCUAUGGGAAAUCAUUCUUCAUCCCCAAAAUCGAAUCCAACGAUAACCACUCAAGAUGCAGCAUCGGAAUUGAAUAGUUUGGGAAGGAAGGUACCAUUUGAUAUACAGACCAUCGUUAUAUUCAUACUUCAGCAUUGUUUUCGUGUUAAUGACGAGGAAAUCGCAGCUAAAUUUACGAUCAGUGAUAUAAUUUUGGAUCAGACUUACCCACAAGCACUGACGCUGCGGACACUACGGGCGGAUUCUUCUUACUACCGUUAUUUUAGCACUGUGACUAGAGAACGAGAGAUACUAUCAUGUCCUAUAUUUUAUCUUUCGGUAUAUUUCUACUUAAUGUGGGAUGAGUUGUGCGAUCAAGAUAUGAAGUCCGCCGACUUGUGUAAAGUUCCGUUGCUAAAGAAAAAUGCAUCAUAUCAAUUAGACUCGAAAAGCCUGUUCUACAAAUCUAACUUACAAAGUCAUUUGAAGUACACCGAUAUUGCCCGUACCACGGUAGUUUUACCUGAUUCUCUUCGCCGGACUGUGUAUCCUUGGCUGGCACAGCUAAAGGAAGACAUAGAUAAAUCCAAUGCUACACAUUAUAGGCUUUACUCAAUCUUAGAGUUAUUUGAAUACCUUGAAGAAUGUCUGAUACAAGAUAUGGCUUAUUUGGAAUGCACUAGCCAGCUUCCACAAGUACAAGAUCUAAUACGCAGAAACAAUACUAAUUUAUUUGGAUCCACAGCUUAUUUGACAUAUAGAAGUCAGCUGCAAAGCCGUUUUAUAGGAGGAGAAGAUAAGGAUGCGCUAUACAAUUCUUUACUAGAGAAGAUGGAGGAGAAAUUUAUGCAUAUUGGAAAUAAAGUGUCUCAGCAUAAUUUAAGAUUAAAUCAAGAAAUAAUAUCUCUAAAAAAUGAACUAAACAAUAUGAAUUCUAUGAUAUAUCAGGUGCUUCAGUUCCAAAGGCAGCUUUUAAAGGGGCCAACUAGUCCUUUUCUACCUGUGCCCCCUAAUAUUGAUCAUCGUCCAAUGUCGUCUUCCGAUUUAUCCGGUAACGACGGUAAGAUGAAUGCGUUAUCGCCAAAAUCUGCUACAACAAACUCUGGUGUUGCUACUGGCCAAGCAACCGCUUUACUGGACAGAAAUUUGAUAAAUUCAUUAACGAGCAAUGAACAUAACGUGCCUCUUGCACCACUUAAUAGCCUUCCUCUGUUACCUCAUGGUAAUUUCGGAGGACAUAAAAAGAACUCGCUACCAAAGCGAACAGAAUCCAGAGAAAAUUCUACUGGAAAAUUCAAAAGGUUUAAAUACGAUAAUAAGGCUCCGGAAUCAUUGGCAUCCGCUUCUAAUUCCAUCGGUUCACCGUUGGAGUCGCUAAUGCCUCGUACGGUUACUUCGCCUAGAAUACCAGUCUCCUCGUUAACCACAAGUGUUGCACAGCAAGUUAAACCUGGAAACAUAUGCACUACAGAUCAAUUACCUCAACUAUCUCGAUUGCUUCAUGAACCAAAGGCGUCCGUUAACAGUCCAGCAAAUAACUCAGCGUUAGCCGCUCAAAUUCAUCAAAGUGACAUCGAUGGCAUAGAAAAUCCCAAAGACUCCGAAAUAGGGGACACACGCUCUUCCACUUGUAACACUAAAGAAUCUAAUACUGGAAGUAAAAGCGGAAACAGUGAUUCAAUUAAAUAUAAACUUUCUCGUGAAAAUAAAACUGUUUGGGACUUGUAUACCGAAUGGUACACAGGAUUAAAUGGGAAGCCUUCUAUCAAGUCGUUGAUAGAGAAGUAUGGCUGGAGACGUUGGAAAGUGAGUGAAGAUUCUCACUUCUUCCCCACAAGACGAAUUAUUAUGAAUUACAUUGAAAAAGAGUGUGAUCGUGGUACUACGCUAGGUAGGUAUCCCUAUGAUAUGGAUCGCAAAGAAGUUAGGAAGAUGGUUGUGAAGGACCUAGAAAAUUUUAGGGUGAAUAACGGCUUAAGUUUGAACAGCAUAUCGCUAUAUUUUAGAAACUUAACUAGAGAGAAUCGUGAAAUUUGCAUUUAUGAUAACUUCGCCGAUUGGUCGUUGUUGGUACUGCCAGAAGAGGAGAAGAACGUUUACUGUAAAAGAAAACAUGGCUCCUUAUAA